AUGCUGGACGACGGCGUAUGCAAAGCCGGUCUGAAGGUAAAAGUGUUUGAAAGCCUACCGCUGGGUGAGCAAACCCCAACGUUUAGUGAUUGCCCGAGCCAUCCCUCUGAGGACGCGGUGCUUUCGGCAUUGCGUGUUUACCAAGACGAGAAUUGCGAUGGCCUGAUUGCCCUGGGCGGCGGUGCGGUUAUCGACCUGGCCAAGGGCGUCGCGUUGAUGGCGACCCACGAGGGCAAGUUGGCUGACUAUGCAGUGGGGAGCGCGCGAGGGGCACAGAUUGGUCCCUUUGUCGCGCCGCUGCUUUGCAUCCCCACCACUGCCGGCACCGGUAGCGAGGUGGGACGCGGCGCGGGGAUCGCAAUAGGCUCUGGUGGCGAAAAAGCGAUCUUUAUGAGCGUAAACCUGGUGCCAAAGGUCGCGCUCUAUGACCCGGAUCUCACCCUUACGCUUCCCGCGCGGCUGACUGCCGCGACCGGUAUUGAUGCGCUGGGUCAUGCAAUCGAAGGGUAUCUCUCACCGGCGGUGAACCCGCCAGUCGAUGCCAUUGCACUGGACGCUAUAGAAAGGCUGUGCCGCAACCUGGGCACAGCUGUGGCCAACCCUUCAGAUCGCGAAGCUCGUUCGCAGGUGUUGAUGGGCGCUAUGGAGGGGGGCAUGUGCAUGUGGAAAGGGUUGGGCUGGGCUCAUGCGCUUUCCAUUCCUCUGGACACGUUCAAUUUGCACCACGGCACGUUGAUCGGCUUGCUUCUCCCUGAAACCCUCAAGUGGGCUCGGACGGUUGUCCCGGAAAAGUUCGAGCGCCUUGAUCGUGUCCUGGGAGGACGCUGCGAGGACAUCGUUUCGGCGCUCGUAUCGGAGAUCGGUUUGCCUCGUACGUUGAGUUCAUUGGGCGUGCCCUUCGACGCGUUGCCCGAAGUCGCCGAGGCAGCCACUAAAAGUGUCUUUAACCGGACUGCACCGUUACCCGCCGAAGCACCUUACUUCCUGGACCUUUUGCACAAGGUCUAC